AUCGUUUCUACGUAGCGAAAAGUAGUACCAAGUGCACCCAUUAGUUUUUGCCAGUGAACACUUGACAUAAUAUUUUCGUAGUUUUCCGCGACGCUAUUCGAAAUACCAACGCUAAAUAAUUGCUCAGGAAUAAAUGAGCUUUUGAAAUGCGAAUCUUGGGUCGCCGCGACUUCGUGUGUUUUCGUCUGAUUUCGGGGUGACGAUAGUGUUGAAUUUCAUCUCUCGUGGAGAGGAAGGCGAGUUGUUACUUUAGAAGGAUUCCAAAAUAUAUUAAUCGCGGAAAUAUCGAACUUGGGACGUUAAUUAACGACGAUGUUUUCGUAUCUACGGUGGGCGGCCGUUUAAUAAUAGUGCAGCGGACACGAUAAGCCGGUCGAAAUAUCGAUUAAAAUCCACCUGAUUUUUGACGUUUGUCCUAGAGUGAUUCACUUCACGGCGCGGACAUUGUUAUUGUGCGGUUAUUUGUGAUUUUAUUAAUUUUUAACGUCAGUGCUGCCGGUUAAGAGUGAUUUUUUUUGGCAGUGUGCACGAUGGAAGCCGUGGCGAAGCACGAAUUUAACGCUACCGCCGACGACGAGCUCAGCUUCCGAAAAGGCCAAGUGCUCAAGAUCCUCAACAUGGAAGAUGACAUGAACUGGUACAGGGCCGAACUCGACGGCAGAGAAGGACUGAUACCUAGCAAUUACAUAGAAAUGAAACCACACGAUUGGUAUUACGGGAGGAUCACGCGGGCUGACGCCGAGAAGUUGCUGCUGAAUAAACAUGAGGGGGCCUUUUUAAUAAGGAUAAGCGAGUCCAGUCCGGGCGAUUUUUCGUUGUCUGUCAAAUGUUCAGACGGGGUGCAACAUUUUAAGGUGUUGCGCGACGCCCAGGGGAAGUUCUUCCUGUGGGUAGUCAAGUUUAAUUCUCUAAAUGAACUCGUCGAGUACCACAGGACGUCAUCGGUGUCCCGUUCGCAGGACGUCAAACUUAGGGACAUGGUAGCUGAAGAAUACCUAGUGCAAGCGUUGUACGACUUUACGCCCCAGGAAGUGGGCGAGCUGGAGUUCAAACGCGGCGACGUCAUCACAGUGACGGAUCGUUCCGACCAGCACUGGUGGCACGGCGAGAUCGGUCACCGCCGGGGCUUAUUCCCGGCCACUUACGUGACCCCCUAUCACACAUAGGCGCACCGUUUUUUCCUAGUUCCGCAUUUACGCGAUUUAAGUUGGUAAGAGCGCGGGAUUGUUUUCUCACCGCCAAAAUCAAAAAUAUCGAUUCUCGCCUUUUCCAAUCCCUUCCUCCCAUCCCAAAACGAUUUCGCUUGAUUUCUAUUUGGGGGGUAGGGAAAUGGGUUUCUUAAUUUUUAUGGGCGCUUGACCGGGUGGGUGACAUCUCACCACUAAAAACUGCCAAUAAUUCCAUUCCCGCCGCCGACUUCACUGUUUGAUAAUUAGCGCAAAUUAUAACUUACGCGAUUUCAUUUUGGCGCCUAUUGCAAUUAACAAAACUUUGGCAUCCGACUCGCAAAUCAAUCGGAACAUGCGCCGGUUUUUGAUUAUUUGUGACGGUGCUUGAAACGCCACAAUUUAUUUAGCGAAUUUUAAAUGUAACGUUUUUGAGGUUAGAAAUGCGAUUGUCAAAACAUUUUAUUGGUGCCCCGUUACGAUUUACAUUUUUAUCCAUUUUCCAAACGCGAACUUUCGAAUGUAUCACCUACAAAAUGGACGGGCGUCCCUUGUUAUUUUACUCGGACUGCGAUUAAGUUGUUAGUACCAAAUUGCCCAGAACAUUCCAGGGUUUCAGUGGCCAGCCAAUAAAAUGAAAGCGUUUCUUAACGUGGCCAUAGCAACGUGUCUAUUUUUUCGAUGUGCGCAAAACGCAUUCCCAAUAAAAAAAUGUCGACGUUCAACCAAUGAGGUUAUGCUUUGUUGUUGCUAUUCUAAAUCGUCGUCCGAUGGAAAAAGGGGUUUCCGGACAGUCCAUUUUAUAGGUUUUUGGAGUCGAAGUCGCUGUGGAUUUAAUCGAGUUGCGUCGCAUACGGAAUAAACAAAUGUUUGCAUAGUACACGGAUUGUUACGCGUCGACAGAAACCUAUAGUUUUCGUUGAACAACGCGCGAUAUUUUAUCGUCCUAUAUAUAUUUUCAUUCAUUCGAAAUUGCUCACGGGUAGAGCGCGGCCGCGUUUUAUGACAGCCAUGGUUAAAUUGUGCGUGGGUGGGGAAUUUUGGAAAAAGGUAUAACGAAACGACCGUUUUGUAAAGACGCGGUCGCCAUUAAAAUAUUUUUCUAAAAAAGAAAUGUCGUGACGUAGCCGAAAAGCGAGUCCAACGAAUGCCCGACCAUCCCCGAGACCCGCGCGGACACUAGUAGUACGGAAAGUGUACAUUUUUCUAGUGGUAACUUCAACAAAAUACGUGCCCAAGUUGUUAUAGUGAUAUUUUUAUCCAUAAAACUAAUUUUAAGGUUAUAUUUGUAUCCUCACUUAUAGAUGCCAUUUUUUUUUUCAGUACGUUUUUUAAGUGAAUCUAUUCUACUUCGGUAGUUUUCGUUUUUUUCGUAAUCCUACGAGUUUUAUUUGUACAUAUUAGGGUUACGUUUACGCGAUUGCAGCAUAUUUUGUUGCCCUCCGACGGGCGGUUUCGUGCUUUUUUUUUAUUUUUACGUGUACAUACUAAACCUAGUGUAAUAAUUGAAAACGAUAAGUGCAACCUAUUUAGAUAAAAUAUAUAUGUUAUACAAGA